GAUGCAGAAUGCGGAAGUGACUUCAACCUUCAACCAAUAUACUUCGAACAGCGAGUGACUACUGUACCGGGGAAACGACACGAACUGUACUAAGCAACUUCCCAACCCAGAGGCUCGUUAUCGGAAGUAGAUAUUCCUAUUAGUAUUUAGUAGCUUCACUAUUUCAAAUUAAACUUAGAUUUAGUGUCAUACGGUUGCAAAUGCAUGGACUUGUUGUGGCCGGUCAUCCACAAUCCGCAGAUACAUGAAUCGAUCCUCCUACCGGUAACCAGUAACUUAUUCAGUUGAAGUUGGACAAUAUUCGGUUGUCAUACGUGAGUCGCAUGUUUCGCUGUGCUGGAAAAAUUAAUGCAGACCAAGGUCGCUGUUAUCUUUCAACACACUGUGAAUAGCAUUUGGAAUCCAUACCUAACGUCAGACGAUGGGAAAGAGAACAGUUCAAGAUGCCAUUGUGGAUGACAUCCAGAAAAGGAAAUUUCCUACAAAACAUUAUGAGUAUGUCAUUCAUGUGUCAUGGUCAGACAACUCAGUCAAUGUCAUCUAUCGGCGGUACAGCAAAUUUUUCGACUUACAGACGAAACUGCUGAGUUUAUUUCCUGAGGAAGCUGGAGCCAAGAACCCAACCCAGCGAAUGAUCCCUUUCCUACCGGGUAAGAAGUUGAUUGGACGGAGUCAAACAAGAGAAGUUGCUUCCAAGAGAUUGGGUCAACUGAAUGAAUACUGCCAACUGUUGGUGAGACUACCUCCCAAGAUAUCAGAGUGUGAUGAAGUCUUGCAGUUCUUUACUCCAAAUGCUGAAGACAUUAACCCAACCAGAGAGAAGAAUGUGAAAAAGAAAGGUGGAAAAGAAAUUGACGUCAUCUCAGAUCCUAUCCAACCCGAGGCCUACAUUGUGAUUGCCGACUACAAGAAGCAACAGAAGAAUGAAGUGGACCUGCAUGCUGGUGAUCAUGUUGAUGUCUUUGAGAAAAAUGAUAACGGAUGGUGGUUUGUGGGUGCCAGUGACAGUCAGGGCUGGGCACCUGGGACGUUCCUCAGCCGAGCUGAUGGAUCAGAAGAUGAGGAUGGCAUUGCUGGGAAAGUGGAGGAACAUUACAUUACCAACAAUUCCUACAAGGCCCAGCAGCAUGAUGAGAUCAGUUUUGAGACGGGUGCGGUGCUGAUGGUAAUACAGAAGAGUCUGGAUGGAUGGUGGAUGGUCAGAUACCAGGAGAAGGUGGGCUGGGUACCAGCUGCUUUUCUUCAAGUCUAUACUGGUCCGGUGGAUGUUGUGGUUAGCACUCCAACCCAACGUGUUGGUAACGUCAUGAAUGUAUCAGACAUUGUCAAGCGCCAGGCUGCAGGGGCAUCUAAGAACAGUCCUCAGUUAGGAAGGAGAGAUAACUCAUAUGGUCAGGGAAUAGAAGCAAAGCCAACACCGCCAAGACGAAGCACAGUCAGGCCAGGCCAACACAGAAAUGAUGAGAGAACUGUAAGGAAAGGAGCCACACGAAAGCUUAAACCACCAGUGAAGAAGACGGUGGAGUACUAUACUGUGGCUGACUUCUCAGACAGCGCUGGGGAUAGCAUCAGCUUCCACAGUGGUCAGAAAGUAGAGGUCAUCCAAGAGACGGAGUCUGGUUGGUGGCUUGUCAAGAUUGGAGACGAAGAAGGCUGGGCACCGUCUUCAUACCUAGAAGCCAGGGAAAACACAGCAGUGGCUGAGACCAGACCACAGCGAGCCUUCAUGGAGACACUGGAUGAAGAGACUGGUGAAGCGAGACCUCGUCCCCCAAGGCCUCCAAUGCCAACUGGUAGAAAGGUCAGCGGAAGCGGUGCCAUCAAGCCAAGCCAGGACACAUCCAACAGCAGCAGUAAAGCUGGUUUAAGGCCGGUGCCCAUUCCAGUUGGUCCUACGAAUAAUGGUAAUGCUAGUGCUUUCAAACCUUUCCUGCCAAAUAACAGUGGCAGACCACUGCCUGUUGCUCCUGGGUCAAAACCAGCCACCCGCGCGCAACCCAAACCGCUCAAGCCCAAGCCCACUGACCGGUCCGACUCCCCCCAGAAUGCCCAGGCCAACCUCAGACCAUCCAGCGGUCAAGCCAGGCCACCACCAAUCGACCGUCAGACCAAGCCAGGGGCUCAAGCAGAUGGCUCCAGCGUGCAGCCAUUGCAGAUCAACGAGCUCAGACGCCAAUUAAAAUCCUUGAAUGUGCCCACCUCCCCCAGCGGCCAGACACCUUCCAACGUCUAUGUAACAACGGCUGCUUAUGAAAAUUCUGAUGAUGAUGGGUUGAGUUUUGAAGAAGGAGUACAAGUGGAGGUUAUAGAAGAAAAUGAAACUGGUUGGUGGUUGGUUCGUAUCGGCAGAGAGGAGGGCUGGGCUCCUUCAACGUAUCUGGAAAAGGACUAAUAACACUUCUUGUGAGCAAGGCUUGUGGUUCAAGUGAUUUUUUCCUGCACUCACAAUUUCAACAGACAUCUGUCUGUACAGUGUUGCAUCUAGGUUUCGAUACUUUUAAUUAUUUUUUAAAUAGAAAAAGCUUCACACAAAAAAUAUUCGUAAAGGAUGGAUUCAAAGAUUGAAACACUUUCAAAAUACUAAUGGGGUACCCUUAUUCUAGCUAGAUUUUGUUUUUGUGCUACUAAAGAAGACUUCUGCCAGAGUUGCAAAGUCAGUCUUUUUUGUCAACUACAUGUACUCAUAAAUUUAAUUAAAGUGAAAAAAAAUCUGUGAACUUCAUGGAGUGUGUAGUGGAAAAUCAGGCUUUAGCCAGUGGGAUACUGCCAUGCACACCAAUUUACAUUGUUCAGUUCAUGCUGCACUGGUGUUUGUAUUGACUAGAGAUUGAAUAUUUGAACUUCUGCUGGAUUUGUUAUUUCAAAGUAGGGCACCAUACAUUCAGUCAUUUCACUGAAACGUGUGAAAAAAGGCUCAGGUCAAAACUAAAGAUCUGGCUGGACAAUUGUGCAAAGUGUUGGCUUGCAGGGGUCGAACAGGGAUUGUAAAAUACAUUAUUAGACUGGAUUCUACGGGGCAUAGUUAAUUCCAGCAUUAUAUUGGUGUCAGUAUCGAUUGAUAGUGUCAUGUCCCGCUUAGAAAACGUAAACUGUUUAAGGAAGUACUAUGUGGAUGUGUAUUUUCACUUACAAUUUUACAACUUAUAUUUUUGUAUGUUCCUUGAAGGAUGUCUUUUACUGUCACAUUUUAAGCUAUUUUUUAUAAAAUUAGAAAGGUUAAAAUUUAUAAUUGUCAUAAAGAUAUCAACUUUUGAUGCAGUUUGGAGUGAAGUUUUUAUUGAAUUAUAUCCAUAAAUGUUGAGAUUUCCAUGCACCUUAAGAUCUUGAAACCCGUCAUAUGAUUUGUUGAUGUGUCCAGUUGUGUAUUUGAAAAAACAAAAUACAUGUACCACUUGAUCUGAGUAAUGUGUUUAUUAUUGGAAGCAGUCAUGUGUUUAAGCGGUAAUGUAACAGUCAUCCAACAUAAGCAUUUUGUAGCAGUCCCAUCUGCUUGUAAAACAAAAAGGUUCACUUCAUUCACUGCUGACAAAGAAAAAUAUUAGAUUAGACAAAGGUCAAAAACAUCAAUGUUGCAAUAGUGUUAUUCAGUCCUGCCAUAGCAACCAGCUUGUACUUGUUACCAUUUCACAAAGUCAUUGCUUUCCUGAGGUAUGCUGUAAUGAAUUUAUGUUUCAUUUUCAUUUUUUAUGGGUUGUGAAAGUGAAAGAAGGAAACCUUGGUUUUUGUGCAGACAACAUUCUUCCACAUUGUGCUCUUUUUUUCUUUUUGUUUGUGUGUGUGGGGGGUUUCAUUGAAUAUUUCAUGCCAAGUAUAUAGUGAUGAUUAAAUUGCUCUUUCAGGGGUGUGAAUCUCUGCUAAGAAUGGCUUGCCACCAAGAGAGAGAAAAUCAAUCUUAAGCCAGGUGGCUGCCAAGGUCUAAACAAAACAUAGACACAGAUCAAACCUUCCUGCCUAGGCAGGUUUGAUCCAAUUGAGCUUUUCAUUUGGUUGUAUAUGUCCAUGCACUUCGUUGUUUUUUGGGGCCAAUGUUGAAAACCCUGAACAUUCAGGAUCAAUCAACAGGCACUACAGCCCUUUUCUCAUUAGAUAUGAUCUCAAAAUCUGUGAUCAUUGUGAGCACAUGUCAGUGAAAAUCAGUUUGCAAACGUUUCAAGCAUUUUCAGAAAAAUACCUCAUGUAACAACCUGAGCAUUAAAUUACAGUCAACUGUAGAGACCAGACAAAUUACUUUGUUAUAACCAGGACUUGUUAUAAAUGGAAUGGAAAAAUAAAGAAAAACGUAUGAAUUCCAGAAAUUGCGAUUCACAAAAUUUACUCUUUAUAAAAGUAUUUUUUGGUUAGUGUUUAGUGUUUUUUAUAUCAAGAGUUGACUGUAUUAAGACCAAGAAUCAGAAUACUUAUUACAGAUGACCAUUUUCAAGUAAGCUGUUCAGACAAACUUUGGGAACUGCAUUGUACUCACUGCAAGAAAUCUUAUGUUGGCUCUGAUUUUUCAGUUCAUGUUGAUGAGCCGACAAGAAGGGUUUCAGUGUGAUGGUAUAUUAUCUUUUUAAAUGAACUGUUUAAAAAUAAUUUCUAUGUGUAAAUGUAUUUAAUGUCUAAAGGAAUGUUUAGUUUUGUACCAUACGGUGACCAAUGGCAUUAUUUUCAGUAAAGUUAUACAAUGUCUAUUUUUUCACAGGGAACAUGUCUCUGAAAUUUAUUUCUUAUUAGAGGUUAAGGGUAAAGGUGGAGAUUAAAAUCUGAAGGUUAAUAAAAUAGUCAUCACCAGGCAAAGUACAAUA